CAACCGUACUCCCUCUUAAUAUAUCUCUAUAUAAAUUGCCUUCAAGCUUCCACUUCUCAUCCAAGAGUCGUCUUUUUAAAGUGUGUUUAUAGAAAAGAUGGCUUCUUGUUCUUCCAGGGUUCUUGUUUUCUUGAUUCUGGGUGUUCUUGUUUGCAACAUUGAUGGGAGGAGGCUUGUGGGUGAAAAGGGUGGUUUGGAGGAGGAGAAGAACUUCAUUCACCAUCCUCGGCUUGGCGGUGGUGGUGGACUUGGUGGAGGUGGUGGCGGCGGGCUUGGUGGUGGAGGUGGGUUAGGUGGGGGUGCUGGAGGUGGAGCUGGGUUUGGAGGGGGUGCUGGUGCUGGGGGUGGAUUAGGUGGAGGAGGGGGGCUUGGCGGAGGUGGCGGUGGAGGUUUUGGUGGAGGCGGUGGAGGAGGAGUAGGCGGCGGGUCUGGUUUUGGAGGUGGAGCUGGAUUUGGUGGGGGAGCUGGAGGAGGAGGUGGAGGAGGCUUUGGAGGCGGUGGUGGCGGUGGACUUGGAGGUGGCUCUGGGGGUGGUUUUGGAGCUGGAGGUGGUGCUGGUGGCGGCUUUGGUGGUGGACUUCCUUAAGGCACCACUCUUGUAGCAAUUUUUAGUCGUUAUUAUGAAAUAUGUACUAUCAAAGUUGUCAUAUAAUUAUCUUCUGGUAAUGAAGAAAUUAAAUAAGCUCUUUGCAGCAUAAAUGAGCUUAAUCUGUAGUUUAAUUAUCGUAACAAAUCAAAUUGUAUGAUAAUUACAGUAAUUUCAUGUGAUUUCUAUGGAUUAAUUUGGAUUAAAGACUUUUGUGAGA